CUUUCUCUAUCUCUGCAACUAACAAACUCAACUGCAAUCUUCGUUCAUCUCUCUCUCUCUCUCUCUCUUUCACACACACGCCAGGAGCUGUAAUCCAAGCCUUAAUCUGACGAACAGAAGUCGCGUUACAAAGUCGUCUCGACGACGAACGAUGGCAGAAUUCAAGUUGUUCAUGCUCGUUUUGUUCGUAUCGAUUAGUCUCCGUGAUAUUCGAUCCGCAGCUCAACUUUUACCUGAUCAAGAAGUUGUAGCCAUGAGGUCUAUAGCCUCAAAACUACAAUAUAGCAAUUGGAGGAUUGCUGAUGAUUCGUGCAGCAGAGGUUUUGGACUUAAUAACACCGUUACCUUCGACAAGGAUGGGCUUAUGGACUUUGGCAGCAAUGUAACUUGCAACUGUACCGCCACUGUUUGCCACAUAUCAAGAAUCCAACUAAAAGGACUCAAUUUGACAGGAGUUUUACCCGAAGAAUUUGUAAAUCUCACUAAUCUGAUAGAAAUAGAUCUAUCCCGCAACUAUAUAAAUGGCACUAUUCCAUCCAGUUUCAGUCGGCUCAGCGUUAGCAUUUUGAGUCUUUUGGGGAACCGACUCAGUGGGCCGAUACCUGAAGAAAUUGGUGGUAUGUCUACACUUGAAGAACUAGUCAUAGAAGACAAUUUGCUUGGAGGACCGCUUCCACGAAAUCUUGGCCGUUUGUCCCGCUUGAGAAGAUUCCUUGCUUCUGCAAAUAACUUUACAGGAACCAUACCCGAAUCGUAUGGAAGACUGACCAAUUUAGAAGACUUUAGGAUAGACGGGAGUUCAUUAUCCGGGAGAAUACCUGAUUUUAUCGGAAACUGGACAAAUCUCACGAGACUUGAUUUGCAAGGAACUUCAAUGGAAGGACCAAUCCCUUCUACAAUAUCUCGGUUGACAAAGUUGAAGGAAUUGAGAAUAACUGAUCUGGCUGGAGCAUCCAGUUCAAGAUUUCCGGAUCUGCUAUCUAUGACACAAUUGAAUAGAUUGACCUUGAGAAAUUGUUUACUUACGGGCUCUAUACCUGAAAACAUCGGACAACUAAGCAAAUUGAAGCUUAUAGACUUGAGUUUCAACACUUUGACUGGCUCAAUACCUGAUUCAAUUCAGACACCACAGAUCGAUAACUUAUUUUUAAAUAACAACUCGCUGUCUGGAGACAUACCCGGCUGGAUAUUUACAAGCAAAGAAAAGAUCGACAUAUCUUACAAUAAUUUUACACGGUCUCAAGAAGAGAAUUGUCAGUCGUCUAGUUUGAAUUUAGUUUCAGCUCUUUCACCUUCGGCGAGCAACAAAAAUUCUUGGUGUUUGAAUGACCAACUUACUUGCAGCAGCAACCCGAACCGUUAUUCUUUAUUUAUUAAUUGUGGUGGAACCAGAACAGAAUUCGAUGGAAACGAAUAUGAAGAAGAUUUAACAGACCAAGAAUCAUACUACUAUUAUAUUCCAGAGAGAUGGGCUUACAGCACCAAUGGUGUAUUCAUGGGCAAUGAGAAUGCCCCAUUUGUUGCCCGCCCAACAAAUGUGACAGGUGGUGAUAUAUAUCGCACGGCUCGUUUUUCUCCCACUUCACUAAGGUACUAUGGUCUGUGUUUGCGGCCAGGGAGUUAUAAAGUGAGGCUUCACUUUGCUGAAAUAAGUUAUACCGAUGACAUGACUUUUAGUAGUCUUGGAAGACGCUUUUUUGAUAUAUCCAUCCAAGGAGUUCUACAAAGGAAAAACUUCAACAUUGUGGAAAGAGCUAACGGUGUUGGCAGGGGUACUUUCAUAGACUUCGAUAAUGUUAUGGUUAAUGGAACGACCCUGGAGAUUCACUUGUACUGGGCAGGGAAGGGGACUACUGCUAUUCCAGAUAGAGGCGUAUACGGGCCUCUUUUAUCCGCUAUCGCAAUAACACCAAACUUUGACGUAAGUACCGGAUCAGGACUCUCUGGAGGAGCUAUAGCUGGAAUUGUGAUUGGUUCGUGCACCUUUGUUGGGCUAAUUUUAGCUAUACUUUGGAAAAAGGGUUAUUUAGGUGGAGAUAAAGAAGAUAAAGAGCUCCGAGCACUUGAACUACAAACAGGCUACUUUAGUCUCCGGCAAAUCAAGACUGCAACUCAUAACUUUGAUCCUGCUAAUAAGAUUGGUGAAGGAGGCUUCGGACCAGUUUACAAGGGUGUACUCUCAGAUGGUUCUGAGAUUGCUGUUAAGCAAUUAUCCGCCAGAUCAAAACAGGGGAACCGUGAAUUUGUCACUGAAAUAGGCAUGAUAUCUGCUUUACAGCAUCCACAUCUUGUAAAACUAUAUGGAUGUUGCAUUGAAGGAAAAGAAUUAUUACUGGUGUAUGAAUACUUGGAAAAUAACAGUCUUGCGCGUGCCCUUUUUGGUCGCCAAGACCAGAAACUUAAUUUGGACUGGGCAACAAGAAAGAAGAUAUGUGUGGGGAUAGCACGGGGCUUAACUUAUCUUCACGAGGAAUCGAGAUUAAAAAUAGUUCAUAGAGACAUAAAAGCCACCAAUGUGCUUCUUGACAAGGAUCUCAAUGCAAAAAUAUCAGAUUUUGGUUUAGCAAAAUUGGAUGAAGAAGAGAAUACUCAUAUCAGCACACGAAUUGCUGGAACAAUAGGGUAUAUGGCUCCAGAAUAUGCGAUGAGAGGGUACUUGACAGAUAAAGCAGAUGUUUACAGCUUUGGAGUUGUCGCAUUAGAGAUUGUUAGCGGGAAAAGCAAUACAAACUACAGGCCAAAGGAAGACUUUGUCUACCUCCUUGACUGGGCAUAUGUGCUACAAGAGCAAGGGAAUCUUUUGGAGCUAGUGGACCCUAGUUUAGGAAAAUACUCAAAAGAAGAGGCAAUGAGGAUGCUUAACUUAGCUCUUCUAUGCACAAAUCCAUCUCCCACCCUAAGGCCGCCCAUGUCAUCUGUUGUCAAAAUGUUGGAAGGUAAAAUGCCGGUUCAGCCUCCAAUGGUCGUCAAACGAGAUCCGGGGAACCCAGACAUGAGGUUCAAAGCCUUUGACAUGACAUCGCAUGAUAGUCAAACACAAGUCUCCACUAUCUCAGCUGACAGUUUAGAGCCUAGGAGCAUCUCCACAGAUGGUCCAUGGGUUGAUUCGUCGCCUUACAACAAUGAGAGCAAGGAAAGUACUUCAGAAAGGAAGCUUCUACCUGAUCUUGAUCUUUAUGAUAUCAAUGUUUGAAUCGGUAAGGUUUAUGAUGAUUUUGUUCAUUUAUUACAAGUGUCUAUAUUAUAAUUUAUAACUAUAGAUAAAUGAUUUGUAUGUAUUUUGUUCAUCUACUAUAAGAAGUGUAGUAGAUGUUUUAAUUGGUUGCAUAAGAAAAAGUAGUAUUUGAUUUAAACCUCA